CUACUCUGGCCUAUCUCUACAGGGCAAUGUGUGAUGCUUGCAGGAGGCAGUCUGACCAAGGUAAUCUGACUGGUUGCCUUUUGCUCCUUCAGCUUUGGUCAUGGGAGCGUUUCCCAAUCGGCAGGCCGGAUAUGGUAAAGCUAAAAUACCCAAACGUGGAGGAGCUAGAGGAUGAAAGGGAUAGACCUGCAGUUGGUCUCAGAUGGGUUGUGGGUGUGUGCACAUAUCGAUCAGCUCCAGCACGUUGCUACGAGCACUUCACAAAUGAGUUUGACUUAUUAACAGAUGACCAGGUUGUAUGGAGCCCAUAUAGGGAGGAGCGGGUGGAGAAACUACAGCUUGCACCUAUAUGUACCCAGGAUUCUCAUUUGUGGCUGACCCAAGCACCUCUAGUUUUUUUCUUUAUGGUGGAGGUUUACACACCCGAGAGGGUAAUGCGCCAAUUCGGUCUUCAUCAGGAGUGCCCACCACCAUAUCGGGACACAAGUAUGGAGCUGCAUUGGUGUCGCCGUGGAAGGGUUCAUAAUGAUUGGGCAGAUAAGCACAAGUCUUUUGUGGAUAUGUGGGAAGUCAAGGAGCAGCUCGUUAUCAAGGAAGAACGACCAUACAAUCCUGCCAACUACAUGGAUUAUUUGCGGUGGUACAGACGGUCGACACGUAUCCGUCUCUGCACCCCAAGGAUAAGUACUGGCAACCAGGCUGGGCCAUCUGGGCCUAGUGCAAUAGCUGACCCUGAAGAUUCGUUGCGUGCUUCUCGGCUCCGGUAUACCCCCAGGGCUCAUUUGAUCCACGCAGUGACCGACAAACUCACGAUCCUGGCGAAGGAGGCAUCUGCUCAAAAGGGGUGUUCCAGAGGCGAAUGUAAUGCUUUCAUUGAGCUAGUCACUAGAACAUGUGUAGAGCUUGUUGGGGAACUUGGCGGAUCAUCACUUUGCGACAUUGCUGCUACGGUUCCCUGUUCAUUGACAGCAUCAACCGUUGCAUCUGAACCUGAGGUAGAGCACCAGAGGGAUAAUGAGGACGGCAUAAAUGAUCCCAUGUUGCCUGAUCAGGAGACUGAGCCUGGCCCCGAUUCGGAGAGGAGGACUCGAAGCCAGGUUGGCCACACACAAGUGGACGACACAGUCCAUACAAAUUCACCACCAGGCAAGAGGAAGAGAGGCAGACCGGGCCCAAGAUGAAAACUGCUGUUGUAUCACAGCCUCCUUUGAUUCUAUCGUGUUCCCUGCCAUCUGUCUGCUGUAGUUGAGCCAUCACAUUGAUGAAACUAGUCAAAAUGACGCCUGUGUGUUUCUUGGUGUAAGAAGCUGUUGUCUGAAGGAAGGACAUGAUGGUUAGCGAGUUCAACAGUUCAUAGCUCCGACAAAGUGUAACACUGGGCGGCUCCAGAAGCAGCAGGUUGCAGACAGUGAUGGAGAAAUUGUCUUAGAUGGCGUAUAAGCUCCCCAUGGCUCACCAUUAGGUAUCUGCAUUGCAGGUCUACAACGACCACAUGAUUUCC